CCGGAGGACGGUGGUCACGUGACGCCGGCACCCACGUGACUCCGACUCCACAUGACCUCCCGCGGCCGGGCCCCUCCUGGAGAGCGAGGACGCGGGGGAGCAGAGAUGGUCGGGGCCGCGCUGUCGCCGCCUUGGCUGCUGCUGCUGCUGCUGCUGUUGCUGCCCUGGGCGCCCCCGGGCCAGGCAGCGCCGGACCUGGAUGAGAUCCAGUGCCUGCCCGGGUUGGCCAAGCAGCCAGCUUUCCGCCAGUACUCCGGCUACCUCCGUGGCUCCGGCUCCAAGCACCUGCACUACUGGUUUGUGGAGUCCCAGAAGGAUCCCAAGAGCAGCCCUCUGGUGCUUUGGCUCAACGGAGGGCCCGGCUGCAGCUCCCUAGAUGGCUUCCUCACGGAGCACGGCCCCUUCCUGGUGCAGCCAGAUGGUGCCACCCUGGAGUACAACCCCUAUUCUUGGAACCUGAUUGCCAACGUGUUGUACCUUGAGUCCCCAGCUGGGGUGGGCUUCUCCUACUCUGAUGACAAGACUUACGCAACCAACGACACCGAGGUCGCCCAGAGCAAUUUUGAGGCCCUGAAGGAUUUCUUCCGCCUCUUCCCUGAGUACAAGGACAAUGAGCUUUUCCUAACAGGAGAGAGCUAUGCCGGCAUCUACAUCCCCACCCUGGCGGUGUUGGUCAUGCAGGAUCCCAGCAUGAACCUUCAGGGGCUGGCCGUGGGCAACGGACUCUCCUCCUAUGAGCAGAAUGACAACUCCCUGGUCUAUUUUGCCUACUACCACGGCCUUCUGGGGAACAGGCUCUGGUCUUCUCUCCAGACCCACUGCUGCUCUCAAAACAAGUGUAAUUUCUACGACAACACUGACCCAGAAUGCGUGACCAAUCUGCAGGAAGUGUCCCGCAUCGUCGGCAACUCCGGCCUCAACAUUUACAACCUCUAUGCCCCCUGUGCUGGGGGUGUGCCUGGCCAUUUAAGGUACGAGAAGGACACUGUCGUGCUCCAUGACUUGGGCAACAUCUUCACUCGCCUGCCGCUGAAGCGGAUAUGGCAUCAGGCGCUGCUGCGUUCCGGGAAUAGGUUGCGCAUGGACCCGCCCUGCACCAACACCACGGCCGCCUCCACGUACCUCAACAACCCUUACGUGCGGAAGGCCCUUCACGUCCCCGAGCAGCUGCCCCGCUGGGACAUGUGCAACUUCCUGGUGAACAUACAGUACCGCCGUCUCUACCAAAGCAUGCAGUCCCAGUACCUGAAGCUGCUCACCGCGCAGAAAUACCGAAUCCUGCUCUACAACGGAGAUGUGGAUAUGGCCUGCAAUUUCAUGGGGGAUGAGUGGUUUGUGGAUUCCCUCAACCAGAAGAUGGAGGUCCAGCGCCGGCCCUGGUUAGUGGACUAUGGGGACAGUGGGGAGCAGAUUGCUGGCUUCGUGAAGGAGUUCUCCCACAUUGCCUUUCUCACCAUCAAGGGCGCUGGGCACAUGGUCCCCACCGACAAGCCCCAGGCUGCCCUCACCAUGUUCUCCCGCUUCCUGAAUAAGCAGCCAUACUGAUGGAGACAGUCCCCCUUCUGCCUGAUCCAGCCCCUCUUUCCUGCCCCUCCUGCUAGAAGGGAGGUCCCCCUUUAUGCAAAAUGCCCCUGUGGGGCGGAUCCCUGCCUCCAGAACAGCUUCCCCUUUGCCCCCUCCACAGCCCUCUGCCUCCCAGACCAGGCCCCAGUGCCUCACAUAGACAGCCUGGGGGAGUUAGCACUUUAUUCCUGACUGGGGUGGGGCCUGGCCCCCUCCCUUCAUGCACUAGAACACAGCAGAGCUCAGGACAGCCCACGGGGAGGGUGGACGGACUGUAAUUGAUGGAUUGACUGAUGAUGGAAUUAAAUUGGGUACAGCUUCAA